AUGUCCGCGAACACGAAGAAGCGAGCCAGGAAGUGCCUGCACUCCACAUAUAUGGAUCUCUUCUCAGGCUUUGUGGUCUCGAUCGAUCUCGCGUUGGCUUGUGUCGAUAUUGAUCUCCGCGCUGGUGGUGCUCCAGCACCGACCUGGGCUUUCUUGAUCUGUCAGGUCUGCCUGGCUUUCUAUGUCCUAGAGUUGUUUUGGCAUGUCUUCGUCGGCCAGUGGCAGGUGCUGAGGACACUUGACUGGUGGAUCGAUGCCAUUAUCGUCAUUGCCUCGAUCAUAGAGAUUGCGUUCCUCCUCAUGGGAAGCACUGCCGAAGAGGUCCGAGUUUUCAAGCUGCUGCGGAUAGCCAGGAUCAUGCGGCUUAUCCGCUUCAUUCGGAAGUCACCCUCGCUUCGGGAGCUGCGCAAACUCAUGAUGAUGUUUGCUAGCGUUAUCCGCACGCUUGCGUGGUCCUUUCUUUUCUGCUUUAUCGCCACAACCUUGUGGUCCAUGGUGGCAGUCGAACUCGUGAACCCAGUCCUGCAAGAUCUGGCGAAGGAGGGUGAGUUCGAUGACUGCAAAGAAUGCAAGGAUGCAUUUGCGACGAUCCUGCAGUCAAACCUCACAUUUCUACAGACAAUGCUGGCGGGGGACAGCUGGGGAAAAGUUGCUAUGCCCGUGAUACGUAGGCAGCCUUAUACAGCUGCGAUCUUCGUGGGUGCGCUGGUUUCCGUCAUGUACGGCAUAUUGAAUCUGGUCGUGGCAGUCAUCGUCGAUGCAGCCAUGGAGCAGAGGGAGAAGGAUAUCACGACCUUGGCUGCAGAUUUGGACUACGAGCUGGAGGAGGAUCUGAAGCAUUUGGGGCAAAUGUUCAAGAAAGUGGAUGCGAACGGGGAUGGGGAGCUCUCUCUGCCAGAGCUGCUUCAGGGGGCAGAGAAG